CAGCUCUAAACCGUCAAAUCCGGGAGAAUAAACGCUUCCCAAUUCUGUUAGUCAAAGCAGUCAUCCCCCAGAAGCCUCGCGAUAUUACUCGAACUACUACUCCCAACGUGCAAAGCGGUUUCUGUGAAGCCGCCUAAGCGGCAGAGGCCGGAGGGCCUCGGCGUUCCUCGAGGCGCGGAAGGCAACCUGGGAGCCGUAGUUCUCCUGGACGCCUACCGGUAUUGCCAGCGCGGCGGUGGCGGAUCGCUCGGUUCCAGCCAGUAGGUCCUGUGAGGGCGAGCUGAAGCGGAGAAAGGGCGCGGAACUGGAAACGGCUCUCCGCCAGCAUCUCCACCAUGCAGUCCCGGGAAGAAGCUCCGCGCUCUCGCCGCCUCGCCAGUCCCCGCGGCGGAAGGCGGCCCAAGAGGCUUUCCAAGCCCUCGGUUUCGGCUUUUUUCACGGGCCCGGAGGAGCUGAAGGACACGGCCCAUUCCGCAGCCCUGCUGGCCCAGCUCAAGUCCUUCUACGACGCGCGGCUGCUCUGUGAUGUGACCAUCGAGGUGGUCACGCCUGGCAGCGGGCCUGGCACGGGCCGCCUUUUUUCCUGCAACCGUAACGUGCUGGCUGCCGCGUGUCCCUACUUCAAGAGCAUGUUCACCGGCGGCAUGUACGAGAGUCACCAGACGAACGUGACCAUGCACGAUGUGGAUGCCGAGUCCUUCGAGGUGCUGGUCGAUUACUGCUACACGGGUCGUGUGUCAUUAAGUGAGGCCAACGUGCAGCGCCUGUACGCCGCCUCCGACAUGCUGCAGCUCGAGUAUGUGCGUGAAGCCUGUGCCUCCUUCCUAGCCCGUCGCCUUGACCUGGCCAACUGCACGGCCAUCCUCAAGUUCGCCGAUGCCUUCGACCAUCACAAGCUGCGAUCACAGGCCCAGUCGUUUAUAGCCCACAACUUCAAGCAGCUCAGCCGCAUGGGUUCGAUUCGGGAGGAGUCUCUGGCAGAUCUGACCCUGGCCCAACUGCUGGCCGUCCUGCGCCUGGACAGUCUAGACGUCGAGAGUGAGCGGACAGUGUGCCACGUGGCGGUGCAGUGGUUGGAGGCGGCUCCCAAGGAGCGGGGUCCCAGCGCUGCAGAAGUCUUCAAGUGUGUCCGCUGGACACACUUCACCGACGAAGAUCAGGAUUACCUGGAAGGGCUGCUGACCAAGCCCAUUGUGAGGAAAUACUGUCUGGACCUUAUCGAAGGAGCCCUGCAGAUGCGGUAUGGUGACAUGUUGUACAAGUCUCUGGUGCCAAAGCCAGAGAGCAGCAGUGGCUGCAGCUCUCUUGUGUCCAUGGCAGAAAAUCCACCCCAGAGGCUGGGUAUGUGUGCCAAGGAGAUGGUGAUCUUCUUUGGACAUCCCAGAGAUCCCUUUCUGUGCUAUGACCCAUACUCAGGGGACAUUUACACAAUGCCAUCGCCUUUGACCAGCUUGGCUCACACUAAGACUGUCACCUCCUCAGCUGUCUGUGUCUCUCCAGACCAUGACAUCUAUCUGGCCGCCCAGCCCAGGAAAGACCUCUGGGUGUAUAAACCAGCCCAGAAUAGUUGGCAGCAGCUUGCUGACCGCCUGCUCUGCCGUGAGGGCAUGGAUGUGGCAUACCUCAAUGGCUACAUUUACAUUUUGGGUGGGCGAGACCCUAUUACUGGAGUUAAAUUAAAGGAAGUGGAAUGCUACAGUGUUCAGAGGAACCAGUGGGCCUUAGUGGCUCCUGUACCGCAUUCCUUCUAUUCCUUUGAACUAAUAGUGGUUCAGAACUAUCUUUAUGCUGUGAACAGUAAGCGCAUGCUCUGCUACGAUCCUAGCCAUAAUAUGUGGCUGAACUGUGCUUCUCUUAAACGCAGUGACUUUCAGGAAGCCUGUGUCUUCAAUGAUGAGAUCUAUUGUAUCUGUGACAUCCCAGUCAUGAAGGUGUAUAACCCAGCCAGGGGAGAAUGGAGGCGCAUUAGUAAUAUUCCCCUGGACUCUGAGACCCACAACUAUCAGAUUGUUAAUCAUGGCCAAAAGUUGCUCCUCAUCACUUCUACAACCCCACAAUGGAAAAAAAACCGGGUGACUGUGUAUGAAUAUGAUACUAGGGAAGACCAGUGGAUUAAUAUAGGUACCAUGUUAGGUCUUUUGCAGUUUGACUCUGGGUUUAUUUGCCUCUGUGCUCGUGUUUAUCCUUCCUGCCUUGAACCUGGUCAGAGUUUCAUCACUGAGGAAGAUGAUGCACGGAGUGAGUCUAGUACUGAAUGGGACUUAGAUGGAUUCAGUGAACUGGACUCUGAGUCAGGAAGUUCAAGUUCUUUUUCUGAUGAUGAAGUCUGGGUACAGGUAGCACCGCAGCGAAAUGCACAGGAUCAGCAGGGUUCUUUGUAAAUAUUUUGAAAUACUAAGAUGUUUCUACUGCUAUGGAAUAUAUCUUAAAAAGAUGUCCUUUUCUGGAAAAAAAAAAAUUGAUUAGGGCUGCACAUUUGGCUUAGAAAGGGUAAUGUGUGAAUUGCUAAUGUCAUGUUACAAAGUUUAAACAGUCCGUGAAAUCAACUAUAUAAUGAUAUACUGUGCAGAAAGUCCAGAUUAAAGUAUGCAAAACAAUGAACCAUAUAAUUGAUUAGAAUGCUUGGUGGUUUUCUUCUUUGUUCAAGUAUUUGUUGCACCAGUGAAUCGUUUUGAUUAGUUACACUGUUUAUAUUUUGAUUAUCUAAUUUAGUCUUGUUAGUUUUUAAAUUCUAUUUAGUGUUGUGAGGAAAUUAGCUUUUUAAUUUUUAUAUAGAAAAUUGGACUAGAAAUUGUUGGUAGGGUUUUGAAGGUUUAUAUCUUCCUUCAGAAUAAUGAAAGUAGUAGAUUUCCCAAAUUUUUCAAAUAGUCAGUUUUUAGGAUUCUAAGUUAAUACAGUUUGUUAAAAUUUGGUUUGGUGUUCUUCUCUUCUGCAAAGAAAAAAAUUGGACAUAUAUAUUAAGGUUAUUAAAGAGUGAUUUCAUUUUGAUAAUAUGCAGAAUGGUCUUAAGCACUCACAGAAAGUAAAAAAAAAAAUCAGGAUCCCACUGUUUUAAAAGAAAUUUCAUUUUUAUUUUUGGAAUAUAAAAUGUGUAUUUGCUAAAUAUGACCAUUUUUCUAUCUUGAAAAAGACCCAUUCUGGUAGCAUCACCAACUAUUUAGACCCUUCUAAACCAAAAGCAAUAGGUAAGUUGCCAUAUUUUUUCAUCUAUAUCUGAUACAUGCUUCGUUGAAUCAGGGGAACAAUUGUUUUUUUCACUGGACGUGUGAUUGGGUAAUGUAAAUUUUUAUCCGUUGGUCAUGCCUUGUCUUAAAACGUUUAUAUGCUCUCCUACAAUAUUUUGGCUGUAUAGUUUUGCUGUUUGUCUUAGAGGAUUCUUUAGCAGGAAGUGACUUUUGUGAGUCGAUACUGGUUUUGAAAAUAUGUAUAAGCUAAAAACAGUGUUUUAUUGAGAUCAGUAGUAGUUAUUGUGUCUAUCAACUCUAAAAUCCAGUGCCAGAAGAGAACUUUAAAACUUUAAGCUGUGUAUAGAAUUGUUUUAUGUAGCGUUGAAAUUUUCUGUCAGUUUUGUAAGUCACUGUAAAUGAUUAUCAGCUUGAAGCUAUUUUUGUAUUAAAAGUUGGCAGUUAAAGAACAUAAGUGGAUGAUAGCGUUUGGGGCCAAUAGUGAAAGUAUGUUUCCUCUAAAAUACUUCCCUAAGCAGUGGUGUACAUGGUUAUUUUAUUAGGUUAUUUGUAUCUGUCCUAUAUUUCUCUGUGAACCAUGCUCCAGUCUGUUUUUUGUUUGUUUUGUAUCACCAUAAUAAGAGAAGGUCUAGAAAUAGAGACUAAAUUGCACAAAAUUGACAUUGUUAAAUACGAGAACAUAUAGGUGCUUACUUUUGAGGGUCUGUUAAUACAUAUGGUUGUCACAAUACAUAUACACGAUAAAUGGUGUAUAUAUACAGAUGCUUAUGUUCUAUAAAUUUUUCUAUACCCACUUAGUUUAUCUUUUUGAAUCUUUGUUCAGUAACAUGCUAAUUCCUCUUCUAUGUUUAUUCUGUAGUGACCAAAUGCUAACAUUUUUUCACACUGGCAGAGUACUGAGGUGUGAAUUUUGAAUAAGAAAAGGGAGGGAGAGAGAAAAGGGUUUAAAAAAGCCAAAAACACAAAUAAUGUUUUCUUAGCCAUUUUGAUUGGCCACCUGAAGAGUCCACAGGACAUUUCUGUUCAGCAUUAUUUAGUGAAAUAAGAUUCUCACCCUAGCAGCAUGUGUUCCUUCAAAACAGCAAACAUGCUUUAGUUUUGUUUGUCCCAUAUCAGGGGUGUCAACAAGCGCUGCUCUUAACAUGGAAAGCUGUAUCUUAAUAGUAUUUUUCGACCGACUUUUCUUAAUCCAUAACUUCUUGUUGAUAGCUUUUUGUUUUGUAAGGUCAAAAUAGGACAAUGCUGGUCUCAACCACAUUAUCCAUCUACAGAAUUAGGGUAUGCAACCAGCUGAUAAGAGACAGAUUCUCUAAUGUGUCAUUCUCAACCUCUGAGUUAGGUAUAAGCUAAUUAGUAGGAAAAUAUUGGUUUACAAAGAGCUUUUCUUAGAAAGGAUUUUGGUUUCAUGAUAUGUUUGUGAAUUAGGGAAUAGAUGUUAAUUAACCUUUAUUUUAUAGAUAAGUGAUUUGUACAUGGUUAGUUACAAAUAAAACUGGCACUAGAACCCCAGGCCUUCUGACCUCUUAAUUUAGUUUCUGCUAAAUGUACAAAACCCUUGCUUACAUAGUGAGUGACACAAGUAGCAGUGUUGAAAUCCCUUCAUCACAGGAAAGCGCCUUUGUCUCAGUUUUACAAUUAAUUGACACAGAUUUUAGCAAAUUCUCAAUAUAAUGUCAUUUGCAGGAUUACUAUUUAUAAGACUUCGAAUGAUCUUAUUUUUUGUCUCUGUCUGCCUGAAGUCUGAAAAGCUCAGAGAACCCAAAUUAUUUCAAAUAAUUUAAAUAUUCAAACAGUUAGCAUUGGUAUUUUCAAAAGUAUAAAAUAUAAGACUAAUUUAGCAAAUAACUUAAUUUGGGUUUAGGAUUAAAUUUAAUGUCCUUCUAUCUCCUCUAGUUGAGCAGUGUUGUUUUGUUUUGUUUUGUUUUUCUGUUUUGUACCUGGAUCUUAUUGAGAAUCUGAUGAAAGCUUUUGACCCAUUCCCCAGAAAAAUGUACAUGUUUAUGAUUUCAUAAUUUCAAAGAAGUUAUGACACUUCUGCAGCUCAUCCACACACCCAGGGUAAGAACACUGUGACAGUCCCAAGAACACUUCAACAAAAAGGAAUUAGCAUUUUGCACAAGAUAUAUUGCUCAAAUGUUUGUAAGGGGGGAAGGGCAUUGUUAAAAUAGAGCUAAAGCAAUCAUAUACAUUUACCAUCUGAAAGGGAUGUGAAUAUUAAUGGGUACCUCAGAACAAAGGCAAAGUUGACACUUGUGAAUUUCAAAUUUCCUCAUGAUGAUUAACAUAAGGACAGUUAAGUAAAUGUAAGCGAUUUAAAGUAAUGGGUCAGGGCUUUCCUGGUGGCGCAGUGGUUAAGAAUCCGCCUGCCAAUGAGACAUGGAUUCGAUCCCUGGUCCUGGAAGGUCCCACGUGCCGCGGAGCAACUAAGCCCAUGCGCUACAACUACUGAGCCUGCGCUCUAGAGCCCGCGAGCCACAACUACUGAGCCCACGUGCCACAACUACCGAAGCCCGCGCACCUAGAGCCCGUGCUCCUCAACGAGAGAAGCCACUGCAAUGAGAAGCCCGCACACUGCAAGGAAGAGUAGCCCCUGCUUGCCACAACUAGAGAAAGCCUGCGACCAGGAACAAAGACCCAACGCAGCCAAAAAUAAAUAAAUUUUUUUAAAGUGUAUAAAAUAUGUUACUUUAAAAAAAAUAAUGGGUCAGAUGAGCUAGUGUAUAUGAAAGCUUUGAAACUUGAGGUGUUAUACAUACAUGUGAUAUGAAUAUUGUCUAGGAAGGCUGUGUAUAUAUUAGGAUUUAAAGUAUAUUAUAGGUUCCAGGUGUUUCAAACUGUGGCCAUCACAGAUGUUCAUUAGAUAUCUAAAUUGCAAGAUAUCUAAAUUGCAAGAGUUCUUUAUCUCAUAAUGAGCAGGUGAACAGGUGCUUGGAAAAGGGCAUCUACCCAUAAGGAAUCUAUUUAAAAUAUAAUUUAAAAAUAUAAAUUUGCUACUCACUGCUCAUUAAACUAGAAACCAGUGUUUUGCCUGAUGUCAUUUUCACCAAUUUGUGCUGAAAUGAGGAAAAAAUAUAAAACAUAAUG